AUGCGUCCACGCAGGUUCCGGGGCGGCCACGGCGGGAGGGCUGAAGGGGCGGGGCGGCGAGAGGGGCCGGCCGGAGCGCGAGGGAGAGCCAGUUUGCGCCCGCCAGCCCCGCACGCAGCAGCAGCCGCCUCGCCCGGCCGGAGAAAUGUUGCGUUUGCCAACAGUACUUCGUCAGAUUAGGCCAGUAUCCAGGGUUCUGGCCCCACACCUUACAAGAGGCUAUGCAAAAGAUGUGAAAUUUGGGGCAGAUGCCAGAGCUCUUAUGCUGCAGGGGGUUGACCUCCUAGCUGAUGCUGUUGCUGUCACCAUGGGACCGAAGGGAAGAACAGUAAUUAUUGAGCAGAGUUGGGGAAGCCCUAAGGUGACAAAGGAUGGUGUGACGGUCGCCAAGGCGAUUGACUUGAAGGACAAAUACAAGAACAUUGGAGCCAAACUAGUCCAAGAUGUGGCAAAUAACACCAACGAAGAGGCUGGAGACGGCACCACAACUGCCACUGUCCUGGCACGCUCAAUUGCCAAGGAGGGGUUUGAAAAGAUCAGCAAAGGAGCAAAUCCUGUUGAAAUUAGGAGAGGGGUGAUGCUAGCUGUCGACGCAGUCAUUACUGAACUGAAGAAAUUGUCCAAACCAGUCACAACACCCGAAGAAAUUGCUCAGGUUGCCACAAUAUCUGCAAACGGAGAUAAGGAAAUAGGUAACAUAAUUUCUGAUGCCAUGAAAAAAGUUGGACGAAAGGGUGUUAUCACAGUUAAGGAUGGGAAAACACUGAAUGAUGAGCUGGAAAUCAUUGAAGGGAUGAAAUUUGACAGAGGAUACAUCUCCCCCUACUUCAUUAAUACAGCCAAAGGACAGAAGAGUGAAUUCCAAGAUGCUUAUCUUUUACUCAGUGAAAAGAAGAUUUCCAGUGUUCAGUCCAUAGUACCAGCUCUUGAGAUUGCCAAUAAUCACCGUAAGCCUUUAGUUAUUAUUGCUGAAGAUGUUGAUGGGGAAGCCCUCAGUACCCUCGUAUUGAACAGACUGAAAGUUGGCCUACAAGUUGUUGCAGUGAAGGCGCCAGGUUUUGGUGACAAUAGAAAAAAUCAGCUGAAAGACAUGGCGAUCGCAACUGGUGGUGUGGUGUUUGGGGAGGAAGGUUUGAGCCUAAAUCUAGAAGAUAUUCAACCUCAUGACUUCGGUAAGGUUGGAGAAGUCAUUGUGACAAAAGACGACUGCUUGCUUCUGAAAGGGAAAGGGGAUAAAGGUUCGAUUGAAAAACGCAUUCAGGAAAUAGUGGAGCAGCUGGACGUCACCACCAGUGAAUACGAGAAGGAGAAGCUGAAUGAACGCCUGGCUAAGCUUUCCGAUGGAGUUGCCGUGCUAAAGGUUGGGGGAACCAGUGAUGUGGAGGUGAAUGAGAAGAAAGACAGAGUUACGGAUGCUCUCAAUGCCACCCGUGCUGCCGUGGAGGAAGGCAUCGUUCUUGGGGGUGGCUGCGCUCUGCUGCGUUGCAUACCAGCACUCGACAGCUUGACUCCAGCCAAUGAGGAUCAGAAAACCGGCAUAGAUAUUAUCAAGAGAACACUAAAAAUCCCAGCAAUGACGAUUGCGAAGAACGCAGGAGUCGAAGGAUCCCUGAUAGUUGAGAAGAUCAUGCAAAGCCCACCCGAUGUCGGCUAUGACGCAAUGCUGGGUGACUUCGUAAAUAUGGUAGAGAAAGGCAUCAUUGACCCAACGAAGGUUGUAAGAACCGCUUUGAUGGAUGCUGCGGGCGUUGCCUCCCUCCUGUCUACAGCUGAAGCUGUGGUGACGGAAAUCCCCAAAGAAGAGAAGGAAGCUGCCAUGGGAGGCAUGGGGGCAGGCAUGGGAGGGGGCAUGUUCUAAUCCUGGGGGGUACCUCAGUGUGCCUCAGGGACUAGUCUCAAUGGUGACUUGACAGUUUGAACUUCAGGCCUUUGUGAGGGGCAGGGCAAAGAGUCACUGCAGAAGGAACGGCGUUCACAGAGUCAUUGUAACAUUAGUUACUGGAUUUCAGUUGACACGUGAAUAAUCAUUUACGGUCAUUGUCCAUGCUUACAAAUAAUUUAUUUUGUACUUUGAAUAAAAAGACAUUUGUACAUUCCUGACACUGGGCGCAAGAUCCGUGUGCCGAUGUGCUCUAACCUUAAAUCAGUAGAAGUACUUACAGAGUUCUGUUUAAAUCAGAAUUUAUUGGUGCUUGCCAUGAAAUCUGGAAGCCAUUGUGUGCAGAACUGAAUUGAAAAAAUGUGUACAAAGUAGACAAAUAUACAAUUAUGUGACAACUUUGUGUAAUAAAAGAUUAUUCAAAAACUA